GGGCUCGCACUGGCAGCCAGCCAAAGCAGCCUCCCGAGCACUAUCCUUUUCCCCUCUCUCCUGGUCUCCUCCCACUCCUAUCCUCUCCUGCCCUCCUCGCCCCCGCGCCGCCGCCGCCGCCGCAGCGGCCCCCCCUCCCCCCUAGCCAAGAUGAAUGUUGAAAAGCUCAAGAAGAUGGCAGGUGCCGUGCGCACCGGGGGGAAGGGUAGCAUGCGCAGAAAGAAGAAGGCAGUCCACAAGACUACAACCACAGAUGACAAAAGGCUUCAGAGCACCCUGAAAAGAAUAGGAGUGAACACCAUUCCUGGUAUUGAAGAGGUCAACAUUUUCAAGGAUGAUGUUGUUAUUCAGUUUGUGAAUCCUAAAGUGCAAGCUUCAAUUGGUGCUAAUACAUGGGUGGUCAGUGGAACUCCACAGACAAAGAAACUGCAAGAUCUGCUGCCAUCGAUUAUCAAUCAACUUGGUCCUGACAACUUGGACAACCUGCGGAGGCUUGCAGAACAAUUCCAGAAGCAGGCCGCUGGUGCUGAGGCUGGUGCCAGCGCAGGUGCUGCUCAGGUUGACGAUGAUGAUGUUCCUGAGCUUGUGCCUGGAGAGACAUUUGAAGAGGCCGCCGAAGAGAAAAAGGGGUCAUGAUUUUGUUGCGUGUCUGCUGUUGUGAAGGGUUUUCAGUUAAGCGUUGCCAUUAGAGACCUCCUUUUAAGAACUCUGACCUACCUUAUUUGUGUCUGUGGUCUGGUUUUGUCAUGCAUGAGAAUUUGGUCCGGUAUGUUGGUGGAAAACUGGAAAUUUUACAUGAAGUAUGCCUCUUUUUGUUACCCGUA